AUGUCGUACGAAGACGUGGAGAAGGUCACAAAGGCCGAGACCGGCAAGAUUGUCGUGUCGCCAGCUUACGAUGCCAUGGCCGACAAUGAAGACUACUACGACCCAUCCAAGGAGACGAGGCUCACGCGUAUUGGUCUCAACUUUGAGUCCUUUAAGCGUGCGCCAGGCGCGACUCGUGGCCUUAUUGCCCAUGGUGAUAUUCCACCAGAGCUUGUCGCUCACGACAACCCGCUUCUUCAACAGAAGAUGAAGCCCCGCCACCUCCAGAUGAUUGCGGUCGGUGGCUCGAUUGGUACUGGUCUCUUUGUCGGUUCGGGUUCGGCUCUUGUCAAGGGUGGACCGGCUGGUAUUCUGAUUGCCUGGAUCAUCAUCGGUGUGAUGCUUAUCAACGUCACCCAGGCUCUUGGUGAAAUGGCUAUUAUCUAUCCCGUCUCUGGUGGUUUCUACACUCUGGCUUCUCGUAUGCUUGACCCUUCGUUCGCUUUCGCAAUGGGCUGGAACUAUGUUCUUCAAUGGGCCGUUGUUCUUCCUCUUGAAAUUACUGUCGCUGGUACAACUGUUCAAUACUGGACGACACCUGUUCCACUUGGUGCUUGGAUUACAAUCUUCUUCCUCCUUAUCAUUUUCUUCGCUGUUCUUGGCACAAUCGGCUACGCCGAGGAAGAGUUCUGGUCCUCGUGUCUCAAGCUUAUCGUUGUCAUCAUCUUCAUCAUCAUUGGUAUCGUCUGCAUUACCGGCGGCGGCCCCAAGGACGGUGACUACAACAAGUAUCUCGGUGCUAGCUACUGGAAAGACCCUGGUGCCUUUGCCAACGGCUUCAAGGGAGUCUGCGCUGUGUUUGUUACUGCCGCAUUCUCGUUCGCUGGUACUGAGCUUGUCGGCCUUGCCGCCACCGAGACUCCCAACCCUCGCAAGACCAUGCCUGCCGCCAUCAAGCAGACUUUCUGGCGUAUUACUCUCAUCUACAUCACCUCGCUCCUCAUCAUCGGUCUCGCUGUUCCUUACACCGAGCCCCGUCUUAUGGGCGGCUCGGGUGCCGACACUUCGCCCUUUGUCAUUGUCAUGGACAAGGCUCGCAUCCGCGGCAUGAACCACCUCAUCAACAUUACUAUUUGUAUCUCGGUUCUUUCCAUCGGUCUUUCGUGUGUGUACGCCGGUUCGCGUACCCUCACCGCUCUUGCCGAGACUGGUUACGCACCCAAGGUCUUCACCUAUGUCGACAAGGCCGGUCGCCCUCUCUGGUCGAUUUGCUUUGUUGUCGCCUUUGGCCCCCUCGCCUACGUCAACCUUGCCGAUGUCGGUAGUGCCGUCUUUGACUGGCUUCUCGCCCUCUCGGGUCUCUCGACUCUGUUCACUUGGCUCGCCAUUUGCAUCACACACAUCCGUUUCCGCCAGGCAUGGAAGGCGCAGGGCCACUCGAUCGAGGAGCUUCCUUUCAGGGCCAUCGGCGGCAUGCCGGGCUCUAUCCUCGGUGCCUCCCUCAUUGUCCUCGUCCUCAUCGCCCAAUUCUACAUUGCCAUUUGGCCUCUGGGCCCCAAACGCACUGGUGGCGCCGCGGCCGAGGCCUUCUUCCUCUCCUACCUCGCCGCCCCUGUCGUUCUCGGUUUCUGGGUCGUCGGUUACCUUUGGAAACGUACUCUUCCCAAGAAGGUCCACGAGAUCGACCUUGACACUGGCCGCAAGUCGUGGCUCACCGUCGAGGAGAUGCGCGCGUGGCGCGCCGAGCGUGCGGCCGCGCCUCUCUACGUGCGCAUUUUCCGUCUUCUCUUCACCAACUAG